AUGGACGGAGCGGACUCGGCGCCGGCGUCUGCAGCUUCAGCCUCAUAUCACGCGGAGGCAGUCGGCGCCACUUUGGCGGGCUCGGUGACCCACAGACAGUCCAGAGGGGAUCCACAACGUGGCGGCGGCGAACUGGUGGGGCCUACGGGUUCCGCCCUGGGGGUUUCAGCCCCCGCGGGAGACGGGAAGCUACCUGACGGAGCCUCCGCCGCGCGGGCAGUAGCUUCGGAAUCGACUCAGCAGCAUCAUGCGGAGGCGGCUUCGCCUCUAGCGGGCAAAGGGAGUCUCCGCAGGCCUGGGACGAGCUCGGGGCGCGCCGACAGCGCGUUGGAGCGCUCCGAAUCUGCAUCGUCCUCUUCGUGUCCAUUCCCGGCUGGUCCGCCGCCCGCCUGCGGGACUUUUCCGCGUCGUCCGUCGCGCGGCUCUUCUGACAGACGCGAUGGACUACUCAACAGUAAGUGUGGGUCUGCGCCCUUCUCCGCCGGAGCGCGGUUCUUCCUCGUCCCCCUCCCGUCGCGCCUUGGCUGCCUCUUGUCGCCGGCUUCCAGGAGCCGCGCGGAGGUCGGCGGCUUGGCGGCGCCCGGCCUGAAAGUUGAUGCUCACUCCGUGUCGCCACCCGCGCUCGACGCGCGUGAAUCGAAGUGCGGGUUUUCGCCUUCUUCGGCGUCUGAUGCUGCCUCUACCUGUCGUAUGGAGGCAGACGCGCAAGAGCCGCAGGCGACGAGGCAGGUGGCGGCCGGGGCGGUCAGUCCCAUGAGAUCGGCAGACGCGAGUGAAAAUGCGCAGGGACACCUCGAGACCCGCUGUGUCUCGGUGGGGUUCGACUGGGCGAGCAAGUACCCUUGGGGCCUGGAGACACUGCUGACAGAACACGCGUUUGACCAAGCGCGCCGGAGGAAAGAGGCGCGGCGACUGGGAGGAUCCGCUUCGCCCUGUCUGAAAGCGGGCGAUGACGCGAAAGCGGGGGAUCCGGUGCAGACAGGGACACAGACGCAGAGCCGCACAGGUCCGAUGGCAGGAAGGCAUGACGCCACGUCGAACGGAGACAUCCCCUGCACCAAGCAAGAUGAUGUUCAGUCGACGAGCCGCGUAAAGACAGAAGAAGAUGAGUCCAAGGGAGGCAUUUCGCGAGGACAUAAUCGGGCCUCACCAGAAGGGGAAGGGACAGUAGUGAGGAGAGGAGAAGAGCGGGUCGAUUUUUUUGUGCUUCCUCCGCUGCCAUGUUGUUCCUGCUGCUUGUGUAAGGGAACCGGCUGCCGCGGUUCAUUGCGGUCUUCUUCUCGCGUUCUCCGCGAAGCGCCUUCGCAGCUUUCUUCUUGCCAGCACUGUUUCUGUUGGGCUCAGUCUGGCUGUCGAUCCGCGCGCGUUGCUUCACAAACGAGCGACCCGACACACACACACGGAUCCGCUUUUGCGGAUCCGCAUGAGGCGACGUCGCUGAAGGAGAACCGUGAACGCCAAGAGAAGAGGGGACACGGGAAGAGAGACGCGCGAGAGACGAAAGAGCUGAAACUGGGGGUCUCGAGAGAGAACAAAUACGAAGCUCCACGCGGACGAACUCUUCAUCUUCGGCCGCUUUUGCGCCACGACGGUGCCUGUGCGUCACUAUUGUCAGCUCUUAUAUCGCAUGUGAAAUCGUCGCACCGCGGCUCCAAGUUGACCGAGAGUGCCUCCACGUUGGCGCCGAGCGAGGAGGCCUCCUCGUGGCUGCCCCCGUGCAGAGCUUUUGGCGAUCAUUGGGAAGCCGCGGUUAACCCCGAGUUCUGUCAGCUGACGCCUUGUUGUGCCGCGGGACCCAUUAGGAUGCACCAGACAGGCGGCAUGGAUUCAUGCAGGGUGCCUGUUCUCGCAAGUGAUUCGCUGGAGCGACCGGCGAAGCUCGACCUCUCAGAUCGCACUCCCUCGAAAAAGGCCUCAGCAGCAGAAGGUGAAAAACAAUCUUUCUCGUGCACAAGUUCGUCGUCGUCUCCGCCUUCCAGCUCUGGCUGUGCGUCAUCGUCGUGCGAUGCUUCUGCUUCGUCUCGAAGAGCGCCUCACAGCAGCCGCCGAGAAACCCCUCAGUCUGCGGGCGACGUGUCGCUUGCCUCAGUUCAUCUGUCCGCCUGCGUUUCGGUCCCUUGCUGCGUGCGCCGAGUUCGCUUUUUCCUCCCUGAGCACCUCGCCCUCCAAGAUCUGCUGCCUUCUCUUCGCCCCUCGAGCGCGGCGCUCGGUGCGGCGUCUCCUUUGUCUCCUCAUCCUGAGUGCCUUGAGAAGACGCGAAAGGCGGCCUUGUCUUCUGCGCCUGCCGACGGCGGCGCAGGCGCCUCCAGAGAGGGCGACGGCGUAAAGGUGAACAACCAAGUUGUGCUUCCGUAUGUCGUCGGCGACGGCCGGAGUUUUGCGGGGAUGGGAUUCGUUCCUGCCCUUUGCACGUGUAGAGACAGAAACCUCUUCAAGCCCUGGUUACUCAAGAGGCACGCAGAGAUGACGAGGAAGAAGCGAGGCCGCGGGGGGAAUGCGUUGGCGCACAAAGACGCCGCUCAGCAAGACUCCGCCUCGGGCUCCACAGAGAACGUGGCAAGCGAAGGCGGCGCGGGGGAAGACGAACCGAAGGCAGCUGACCGACGCCAAGGCACUGCCGCGGAGGUGAAGCCGGUAGCAGCACUAAUACGUGAAGAUGAAAAUGGGGAAAAGGCUGCCAGCGAUCCCGAGGAGAAGGAGACUGUCCCUUCUCGCAGGGCGCGCGACACUCAGGCGCACACCGAUGCAAGUUCAGAAGCGGUAGCCGAGGCGAAUGCGCUCUCAGGGCUGCAUGCUGCGCCCGAACAGAAGGACGAGGCUAAAGCUGUACGCUUCUCCGUCUGUCCGCCGACUUUGGCGGAGCGUCCAGACUCGCCAAGUAGCUCGUCACCUUCUGCCGCUCCGUCUCGCUCUCCUUUCCCGUCGGUCUGCCCGAGCCCGUCUUGUCAGGGUCUCCUGUUUGUGCCUUACUCGCUCAUUGAAGUCCCGCUGGUGCGAGGCGUGGAGAGCCUCUCGAGUCUCGCGGAGACUGUGGCUUUCCCGUCCAACACGGAGCUGUUUUCGGGGCUGCUGAGGCACACCGCCGUCGUGGUUUGCGCGAGUGAGGCUCACGAGCGCCAGUGCUGGCGGGCGCUGAAGGGCGCGAAACUCCAUCUCUCGUCGGUUGUCUUCGAUGUGGAUGCCGGCGACUUCGUGCCCUUCCAUAGUCGGCGGGACGCGGCGUUCGACCCCAAGAAGGAGCGGCGGGGGAAAAGCGACAGCGUGCUGCCAUUCAGAGAGCAGGUGCAACUGGACCAGCACCUGACGGAGCUGCAGCACGUCGGCGAAGCGGCCUCUUCGUCUGCCGCUUCGCUCUUCGCGGAGACUGCGGAGACAGGGACGAAGGAGAACGGCGGCGCUGCGGAGGCGACCGGCGCAGAAGCCAGAGAAAGGGACGCAGAGACGAAAGAAAACGGCGUGUCAGGCGCGCUGUCGACGGAGGACUUGGUCGCGUUGGUAUUCGAUCCCGUGGACACGGAAGGGAGACAGCGCAUUGCCAGUUUCGCAGCUGAGCGACGCCCGAUGGAGAUUGCGCUUAGAAGCGUGGGGUGCCUAGGAAAGAACCCCUGCCAGGCGGAGCGGGCGCAGACGCACAAGCGGGGAGGAGGGGGUAACAGACGCGCGGCUGAGCUUCGUGGAGGCGUCCGCGAAGGUGGUGAAAGAGACAGCGGCAGAACCGGAGGCGGUGACGAAAAGACGACAGGAGUGGGACUGGAAGGUAGGGAGCCUUCCGGUGGGACGGCCCCAGACGUUCAAGACGCCGACGCCGAGCAGGAGCGACUUUUGCUUCUCCAGACGCUCGCCUCCCACUUGCUUGCUGAGGCCGAAGGGCGAUUCACGGGCGAAGAAGACGAACACGAAAACGUCGGUACGCAGGGCCGCCUGGCAGACAAAGAAUGCUGGUGCGCGGUACCCGGUCAUCGUGACGAGGCAGCUGUGUCAGCGCAGUCGUCGUCUGCGGAUAACGAAGAGUGCGCGUUAAGCGGGAACAAGCGCGGGGAAAAAGAGAAGCGAUACGCAUCUCACACAGAGGAGUUUUUGCCGCCGCCGUCUUCCGUGGACUUCUUCUCGUCCUCGGGGCGGUCCGCGGCUCGCGCCCUAGAGAGGGCGGGACAGCGGCCAGACUUGUUCUCGGAGGGGGCGCUGCUGAGCUUGGCUGCCCAGCUGUUCUCCGCGGAGACUCCAGAGAAGGAGCGAGACUUGUCCACUCGGAAGAGGAAGCGGCGAAGAGAGGCGCUGAGCAGCAGGAGCCGUCGUCGCCACUCAGUUACAGACAGUGAUGUUGAGGAAAGCAGGCUCGGCAGCGGCGAAUCGGGAGAAACGGACAGGAAGGGAAGGAGGCGAGAUGCUGGAGACGUCGUCGCUCAGGCUGGCCGUGGCAGAGGCGCAGAGGAGGAGAGCGGAAGGCAAGGGACACUGUCUCUCCCGGUUUCGCCGCGUUCCGCUGACGAGGGAGAUGCACCUGCCAGCGGAGAGGGACGAGCACGCAAGCGGUCGAGUUUCCUGUCUCGUGCGUCGAGCGCCGAAAGCGUCUCGUCGCCCUCUUCUUUCGAUUCCAUGCCCUGUUCGACCCUCUCAAGUCCGGCACUUGGGCGGCCUUCUCUGGCCUCUCUCGCGGGGCGCGCUGGGGAGUGGGCAGGGACGACACGCGUCGAGUGCCACCGAGGAGGCAGAGUGGUCCGUGAAAGCAGUCAUGCCUGUCGCCUCCGCGAGGCCUACUGCCGGCGGCGGGGCUUGGUGUGGGGAGAGGAACAAGAGCGCGAACUCGCCAAGCUGGAGAGUCUGUUCAAGCACGACCCGCGCAGCGCCCGUUCUCGCCCUGCUGCGACUUCGGGGCUGCCGGCUCCGGCGACAGAGAACGGUGUGAGAAGGGACAAGGCAGGCGAGGAGCGAGAGGCGCAGAGACACAAGCCGCGGGAUCCGCUCCCCGUCGUGGUCCCCGCUCGAAUCGGAGGGCAGGUGCCGCCUCCCCUUCCGAAUCCUGCCACUGUCUCUUCGGCGGCCGGGGCGGAGGAGACAGGAAGCCGACGCGCCGGGACCCCAGGGAGUGCGGCACCGCCGGCGCCUCCUGUGCGCCAGCGGGCGGUGGGCGGUCAUUGUGCCCAAGCCGCGCCUCCGCCGUCUUCAUCUCCGCCUCCGCUCCCGCGUGCACAUCCCGACCCUCUUGGCAGCCACUCGUCUUCGUAUCAACCAAACAUAGCAUCGUCGUCUUCCUUCUCGUCUGUCUCUUUGUCGGUUCCUUCGUCUGCCUUUGGCUCCUCCGCUUCUGCGUCGUCAAUGUCGAGUUCCUCCUCUGUCUCCGUGUCUCACGGCGGAGGCGAGCCGGUAGUCCUCUUGCCUCGCAAUCCCUUCCCGCUCGUGCCGUCGGCUGACUGCCAGCGGAGCCUCGCGUCUGUGUCCUCGAGCUCGGCCCAGCAUGAAGAGAAACGCGUUGCCGUCGCAGCGUCCGCGGGCGUGUGGGAGAGAGCUGAGGAGUUCGCGGGCUGUCGCGGAUAUGCAGCGGUGCCGCCUCCAACGAUCCGUCCUCUCUACGGCGCGCACGCUGAAGACGCGCAGACGGCCGCGCACGGGAUGGAGGCGUGUGUGUCGCUGGCGGACAGUGCCGGUCGCGCCUUCUCCCUCAGCGGCAUCGCUCGAGAGACGAGAGAUAGAGGGCGGGACGACGAAAUGCGUCGCUCAGCGAGCGACUUCGUGUCGAGGCCUCUGUCGGCGGGCCCCAAAAUUAUUCUCCUUCCAAACAGCUACCAGAAGGCGGAGCAGUGGUACAGCAGCGACGCGGCGCAGCCCGGCGGCGACGAGCGCACAGCCUCCUCUCCCAAAGCUGCCCUGAACCUGCGGGCGGCAGGUCGGCGAGGCGAGGAGACGAGAGCCGCGAACUACGACGAGGAGGAAGAAGCGAAAAAGAAACUUGUCGGGCACCAGCUUCAGCAGGCGCGGCUCAUGAGACACAACGCCAACCCGAAUCUAAGGAAUUUCUAG